GGCGUGAUUGACUGCCUGGAUCGCCGUGGUGUUGUAGCUGAGCUAGGAUGAAUCCCUUGUUCGCUCGUUCUUGGCCCGAAAUAUCCUUUCCUUUCUCCUCUCAAAUCGAAUCCCUGCCUGCGUGAGGAAGGAAUCGACUGAUUGAUUGGUCUUGCGGUGUGUUUCUUGGGAGAAUGGUUUGAUGUGAAGCGAAUUUAUUUCGUGUGCUUGAGCCUGAGCUGGGGAGGGAGCUCCCCCCUUUUCCUCUCUUCUAUGCUAUCUCUCUCACUCACAUACUGGAGUGUGGUGUUGUACAGGGAGCCGAAUUUAUGAUUGACAAUUGAUUCACUGACUGGAAAGGGGGGAGCUUUCACACAAUUCCCUGGGCAGUGAGAGCUCCGGACAGGUCUGAAGCGAGAAUUUUAUGGAAGACAGGGACUUGUAGAGGCGGCUUUUCUGUUGAUCAUCGCGAUAAGGUGAUUGACUUUGGGUAGGAAUGAUAUCUGGCGCUGCAACGUUAUGAGUGGUAGUACUCAGUAUCAUGGAUCUCAAGUGCCCGCAAUGAUGCACUGGAAGCAGUGGACGAUAAAUUCGGCUCUGGUUCUUCAGAGACUACAAGAGGGUCUGUAGUGUAGACGGCGGAGAACCCAGGCAGGAGGAAAAGUAUAGAACAGGAUGGGAUCAGGACGGGGUAGUAUGAUGGAAAGCGGCAGGAGAGUAGUCGUGACACUGUUUUUUAUGCUGGCGAUGCUGGGAUCGUUGAUGGUUUCUUCCGGGCCGCUUUUCGUUUCAGUCACGGAUAUCACUGUGCUCCUGCUCUCCGCCAUGCUCGGCUGCUCAUCGUGCUUAUUCUCCCUGUCGGAGUGGAGGGCUUACAGCUUUCGAUCUUCGGUGAUUGAUAUCCCUCUCUUGUCGCUCAUCCGAUCGGUCAUCAUAAUUUGUGCGUACAGCCUGUGCAGCAGCCCGAGCUCCUACAGGCCGUAUUUUGGAAUCACGGUUAUUUGCGGUGUAUCUACGGCCAUCUUCUUAACAGCAAAAGCUGCUUUGUUUAGUUUUGGGGUGCCUCCAACCGUGCUCGAGGAAGUGCAGCACAUGCGGAAUUCAUGGGCCUUGCCUUUUUUAUUCUUGUCCUCGAUGGCAUUUGGUCUUGCUCAUAUUAUUAUGGCACACCGAGCGCGGUAUCAAGCAAGUCGCAAGUUGCUGUUUCGAUGGGAAGACGAGGAAGCUGCUACUGUAGACAAGAAGCAUCUCAAGUCCCUGAAGAAGCUUUCAAAGAUGUCUCAGCUACUGGACGGGAAGUAUCACAAAAGACGCGGAAGUGAUUUACCAGCAAGCUCAUUAGCCGAUGCGGACAGCCUCUUUAUGGAUUGCAACAACGUCCUUGUUCAUUACAAGCUGGUCGAAGGACAUGGCAACUAUCAACGCAGGGGACCCCGAGAGCAUGACGCUUCACCGAAGGACGUCGGCUCAACCGGAAGGUAUCCGGUUGAGCAAGUUUUAAGCGGCUGCGACAACAUACUUGGUGGCGGCUCUGCCGAAAGUGGCAAUGGAAAGAAUGGAGUGAUCUUGAUCCACGGUUUCGGCGGAGGUGUUUUCUCGUGGAGACAUGUGAUGAACCCGCUCGCCAGACAAACGCGUUCCACUGUCGUUGCAUUUGAUAGACCAGGAUGGGGGUUGACUUCGCGGCCGAGCAGGAGUGAAUGGCAGCAGAAACGUAUCCCAAAUCCUUACGAACUCAAGUCCCAGGUGGACUUGCUGUUCUCGUUUUGUGACAGACUCCUCCUCCGUUCCGUUGUGCUUGUUGGCCACGACGAUGGAGGCCUUCUCGCUCUCAUGGCAGCUGCCAAGGCGUCCAAGACGAACAAGGUUGCCGUUAAAGGAGUUGUGCUCGUUGGUGUGAGCCUUUCCAGAGAGGUCGUACCGUCGUUUACACGAAUCCUUCUUCACACGUCUCUUGGACGGCAAAUGCUGAGACCACUGCUGCGCUCGGAGAUCGGACAUGUCACCAAUCGACGUGCGUGGCAUGACGCGUCUAAGCUUACCGCGGACGUUCUCGAGCUUUACAAGGCACCUUUACGUGUCGAAGGCUGGGAUCAAGCACUCGCAGAAGUAACACGAUCGUCCGUUGCCUGCACCGCGAGAGCUGCCGCCGAGUUGCUUCAAACAGUCGAAGAUUUGCCAGCGCUUUUGGUGGCAGGAUUGCACGACAUGCUGGUUCCGUUAAAGGCUGCGCAGUCGCUUGCUACAAAGCUCCCUCAAUCCAAAUUCAUUACUAUACCAGGCUGCGGCCAUCUUCCACCCGAGGAGUGCCCCGGGGCAUUGCUCGCAGCCAUGCUCCCAUUCAUACUUAGUAUUUUUGACGCCAAGGAUCCACUCUAGCCCAUCGCCAGAAACUCCAGCAAGUGUACAUAAAGAACACUGUCCGCUAGGAAUGAAGCCUCGAGGAUCUGUACACUAGACGCACACACUACUAUCAGCCAUCGUAGAGAAAAACGGGGAGAGAGAGCCGUAGAGAAAGAGCUUUCAAUCUCAAGAAGGGAGUGAAGGCCUUCCUGGCAAAGAAAGAGGUUUUGUAAAUAUAAAGCUUUUAUCUUUGUUGUCAGAA